AUGAAAGGAUUUAAUGAUAUAUUUGUACUUAAAGAAAAAAAUAAUAUGGCAUAUAAUAUUAAUAAAAAUUAUAAUCGAUUAAAAAGAAAAAUAAAUUUGAUAAAAGAACUUGAAAAAAAUUCUAAUAUUGAAUGGAUUGAGAUACAAAAAAAUUAUAAAAGAUAUAAAAAAGAAUUAAUUUCAAUAUUUAAUUAUACAUUAAAUAAUUCAACAAAUGAUAUUGAAAAUAAAUUUUAUCAAAACAAAUCAUUUAUUCCAAUGUUUAUUGAUCCUUUAUGGAAAAAUCAGUGGCAAAUACAUCAAUAUGAUGAAGAAAGAAAAAAUGAAUCAAUUCAAUUAUUUUAUGAUAUGCAAAUAAUAGAAGCAUGGGAAAUGGGAUAUUCUGGAAAAGGAAUUGUAAUAUCAAUAUUAGAUGAUGGAAUUGAUUAUAAUCAUGAAGAUUUAAGACAAAAUUAUGAAUCACGUGCAUCAUAUGAUUUUAAUGAUGAUGAUAAUGAUCCAUUACCUAGAAUGGAUGAUUUUAAUAAACAUGGAACAAAAUGUGCUGGAAUUAUUGCAAUGGUUGCUAAUAAUACAAAAUGUGGUGUAGGUGUUGCAUUUAAUUCAAAAGUAGGAGGAAUAAGAAUGUUAGAUGGUGAAGUUAAUGAUCGUGUUGAAGCAGAAGCAAUAACAUAUGCAAAUCAAAUUAUAGAUAUAUUUGCAGCAUCAUGGGGCCCCAAUGAUGAUGGAAGAACUGUUGAAGGACCUGGAUAUUUAACACAAUUAGCAUUAAAAAGUGCCGUAUAUAAUGGUAGAGGAAAAAAAGGUUCUAUAUUAGUUUGGGCUUCUGGUAAUGGAGGAAUACACUCAGAUAAUUGUAAUUGUGAUGGUUAUGCAGCAAGUAUUUAUACAAUAUCUGUUAGUGGUGUUACACAAAAUAACAAUUCACCAUGGUAUGGUGAGGAAUGUUCAAGUACUCUUGUUAGUGCAUAUUCAUCUGGAUCAAAAACAGAAAAUUUAAUAUCUACAACAGAUUUAAAUAAUAAAUGUGCUACUGAUCAUUCUGGAACAUCAGCAUCUGUACCAACAGUUGCUGGUAUAAUAGCAUUAACAUUAGAAGCAAAUAAUUCUUUAACAUGGAGAGAUAUUCAACAUAUUAUUGUUUGGACAGCAGAACCAUCAGGUUUAAUUAAAAGUUCUCCAGAAGGAUGGCAAAAAAAUGGUGCAGGUCUUUUAAUUAAUUCUAGAUUUGGAUUUGGAUUAAUAAAUGCUAAAAGAAUGGUAACAUUGGCAAAUAAUUGGACCCAUAUUCCUGUUAUGGUUACAUGUUCAAUUGUAUUUCCAAAAUUUGAAAAAAGAUGGUUAACAUCAAGUAAAUCAUUAAAUAUAAAAUUUUAUGUUGAUGGUUGUAAAGGAAUGAAAAAUGAAGUUAAAUAUAUUGAACAAGUUCAAUUAUUAGUUGAAGCAAAAAAUCGAUAUAGAGGUAAUUUAGCUAUUUGGUUAGAAAGUCCAAAAGGAACAAAAACUCAACUUUUACAUCCACGACAUCUUGAUGACUCUACAAAUGGUUUUAAAAAUUGGCCAUUUACUUCUGUUCAAACAUGGGGUGAAAAUCCAAAUGGUGAAUGGAAAGUUCACAUUGUGGAUCUUGAAACAGAAGGUUUUGUUAGUAAUUUAACUUUUGUCAUUCAUGGUACAAAAGAAAUGCCCAAAUAUAGAGAAAAUGAAAAACAAUAUAAUUUACCAAAUAUUGAAAAUUAUAUAAAUCAAAAAAAUAGUAAAGAUAAACUUAUAGAUAAAGUAGAUUUACUAAAAUAUGGUAAAAGAUUUGUUCAAUCUAUUACAGAAAAUGGUGUUGAUAUUGAUGAUUUUUCAUCCAUUGAACAAAUUAUUGCUCUCCAUGAAGAAUUAAAGAAAUAUAAAAUUUCAAAAAAAAAUCAACAAAAAAUUUAUAUUGAAGGUAUUGAAACAUAA